GCCUGAUAUCAUCUUAAUUACUGAACAAUCAUCUUUUCAUCUUCAUUUCUUCAAUUUGUUGUCCGAUUCAAUUCCAUCUCUUCUCUGUCGCUGAGCUGCUGUUGACCACUCCGAUAAGAUAACAAAAUCGCGGGGUUCACAUCUACCCGUCUUAUCCGCCUCAUCUCGUCACCAUCAUUCUGCCCAAACAAUAACAAUCUCGUGCAAUCAAUAAAUCAAUAUGGAUCGCAGCAAAAAACCAACCUCAAUCGGUAUCGGAGGCUCCAUACCUCAACCAACAGUAAACAUCAACGACAACGGCACCGUCGACGCAAAACUGCCCUCUGGCGAAUCCGUGACUGUACACUUGUUUGGCGCAACGGUGAUUUCGUGGAAGCUUGCGAAUGGCGCGGAGCAGUUGUUUGUGAGCUCCAAGGCGAUUUUGGAUGGAUCAAAGGCUAUUCGUGGUGGGAUUCCGGUUGUGUUUCCUGUAUUCGGUCCCCCGCCUCCAGACCAUGCCACCUCCAAACUUCCUCAACACGGUUUCGCGCGUUCAUCCAACUGGGAAUUUCUGGGUAAAUCGUCGUCCGAGUCUUUGGGUGAUAAAGCAGAUACAACAGUCAAGCUGGAUUUUGGUCUGUCCUCGAGUAUGAUCACUGAAGAAUUCCGCAAGGCCUGGCCAUAUGAGUUUGGGCUUGUGUACAGUGUUACACUUAGCCCGGAGAGUUUGGAGACUUCUCUACAAGUGCAGAAUAAGGGAACUGAAUCAUUCGAUUUUCAUGUGUUGUUGCAUAAUUAUUUCAAGGUUCCUGACGUCACCAAAAUUGGCGUCACCAACCUCCAGAACAAGACAUAUAUCGACAAGGUGGACAAUAAACAAGAAAAACAAGAAACUUCCGACGCAAUUGCCAUCACCGGUGAAACUGAUCGUGUCUACCUAGACGUCGACCCUGCGACCCCUGUCAGUGUGGUUGAAAACGGCAAGCCUCUGUUCACAAUCGCCCGUGAGGGGCUCAAUACUGUGACUGUAUGGAACCCAUGGUUGGAGAAUGCGAAGAAGAUGAGUGAUUUUGGUGAUGAGGAGUAUAAAGGGAUGGUUUGCGUUGAGCCGGGUGCUGUGAAGAGCUUCUCAGUUCUGGAGGGAGGGGAUGCGUGGGAGGGUACUCAGACUAUUCGGCCUAGAUUGUAGUAAUGUAGUAAGCUACCUAUAGUCUGGUAAUUAGAUAAUUGAGUUGUUAGGGGGAAAGACUCUACAAUUGAGGUUUGGAGCAAUGAAUCCUUUUAAUCACAGUC